CGACCGCGCCGCGGGAUUUCGACCAAUCACGGAGAGCGACAGUAAAAGGCACGGUAUGUGCCUCGCACUGUCAGUCACUGGAUAGUCAGAGGCACUUGAAACACCGUCAAAACAAGGGCUCGUCGUGUCGCGCGCAACCUCCUCACUAUACACGCGCAUUGUUCAACGAAGCCAAAGAGUCGCAUCAUCCUCUUCAGCCGCCACUGUCUUGCCUUCAUCUUCAUCCAGAGCAGGACUCAUCAUCUUAUCCUUGCCACGGACUUGGGCCCGGUAAAUUCACCGGUCUCUUCAGCCAUCUCUUCGCCACCAUGCUCCCGUCCUUUGGUUUUACUCAAGAGCAGGUUGCCUGCGUCUGCGAAGUUCUCCAACAGUCCGGCAACAUCGAGAGACUUGGCCGAUUUCUCUGGUCACUACCUGCCUGUGAGCAUCUCCACAAAAAUGAAAGUGUUCUCAAAGCCAAGGCGAUUGUUGCCUUCCACCGCGGAAAUUUCCGGGAACUUUAUAAAAUCCUCGAGAGCAAUAAUUUCUCACCGCAUAACCACCCGAAACUACAGGCUCUCUGGCUGAAAGCACAUUACAUCGAAGCGGAGAAACUUCGGGGACGGCCCCUGGGUGCUGUUGGAAAAUACAGGGUCCGAAGAAAGUUCCCUCUCCCUCGAACCAUCUGGGAUGGAGAGGAGACUAGUUAUUGCUUCAAGGAGAAAUCAAGAAGUAUAUUAAGAGAAUGGUACUCCCACAACCCUUACCCUUCUCCAAGGGAGAAAAGAGAGCUGGCAGAAGCAACAGGACUGACGACCACGCAAGUCAGCAAUUGGUUUAAAAAUCGACGACAGCGAGAUCGAGCAGCGGAGGCAAAAGAAAGGGAGAAUGCUGAACAAGAGAGCAAAACUAAAAUGGCUACACCUAGUACAAGUUCAGAAGAGGACCUGCCUAUGAAUGGGAAAGAAAAUUUGGGCGAAACGACGUCGGUAGAUAUGGGCGUAAAUCACAUGGGGCACGUGGGGCACCAUCAUCCUCAUCAUAGUCAUGGUCAUCAACACAGCCACGUCCACCCGCAUAGCCACAGCCAUAGCCAUAGCCACCCCCAUCCUCACAGUCACGGACCCGCCGGUCUGAUGAUGAGCGAACUGAGUAAAACGGGCUACGGAAUCACGAACUUACCACCCGGCGCUGCCGAGGCGGCCGCCCAAGCUCUCGCACCGGUCAACGCCGCCGAUUCGGUGCUGCAAAACUCCAUCCAAAACUCUAUGCUGCCUCACAUGGCCAAUAACCUGGUGGAUAUGGGGUAAGCUAAAACAAACUGAGAGAGACCUACUGGCCAAGUGAGUGCGUGGUUCGAAUUAUUUUGAGAUGAUUGUGCGUGGUGUUUGAUGAUGGACACUGCUAGGACUUAGCAUACACUGGACGACCAUCAGUCAAAAUGAAAAACUUGAACAAAACAUGACGUGUGCAGCUAGAUUUUCCGCUUUAUAAGCGCCGACUUCAUCCUACUUGCAGAAUGAAAGGAGAACUAUCUUUAUAGACUGACAAGAGAGAUUUGCUUUACUGAAAAUAUUUGUAUUAUAGUACACAAACAAUUCCUAAGACGAUUAUCUAAAGUGAGGGUAUGAGAAGAAAAUGAAGGACAAAAUGAUUUUUUUUAAAACUGUAUCUUAUUUGUGCUCUUCACGACUGCGUGAGACAUGUUAGUUCUCGUACCAAGUUUUAGUGAAGAGGAGGCUCUGGUUUUGACAUUUCGUUGUCAUUGGAAAGAUAUUUGAAUUGAAAUCAGAUUUAUAUAGCUUGAAAAUUGUUAUGUGAAAGAUGUCUGCUUCUUCUGCAAUAUAUGGACUGCUGUUUUAUGAUAUGGAUGUUUUUUGCUAUUAUUGGACAAAACCUGAAUGUACAUUGAUAUUAUUGUCCAGUUCCUUCAUUCAAGAAGACAUGAAACCUCAGAAAAUAUCAAAUCUAAUGUGAUCCAAAAUUAUGUAAACAAUGUUUUCAAGAUAUUUAUUUCCAUUUUGUUACUUUUCAAAGAUGACAAGGUAGUUUUUU